GAUUUGCUUAAAUUAAAGAAAAUAAGUUAUUCUGUUAAGCCUGAGAUUUGGGGGAAAAUAUCCUUCUUUUUUGAUUGAUUUGUUUUCCUAAAUGUUCAUCAGUAGCUGUAGUGGCAAUUCAAAUUUUCUUGUUUAGAUGUUUAACAUGGAAGUAAGCUCUGAUUUUUUUUGUGUGUGUGUGAGAGAGAUGAUUCAUAAUAAUUUUGAAUUGAUUUAACUUGGGGUUCCUCCAUGUAUGUUGUAUUCACUAGUUUGGAUUAAGGAUUCAUCCUGUUGGCCUACUUUACAUCUUGUCUCGUAUUUUCCAGGAGUCUUUUUUAGUUUAUUUAGAGAUUUGUAUGUCAACAAAUUAUGGAAUAGUGGAACAAAACAUGCCCAAAUAUAACAUAAUGGAUAAAGAUGAUUCAUAUUGUUGAUCCCAACUAGUUUAGGAUUGAGGCUUAGUAGUCGUCGUUGUUGGUUAAGUAUGGAGUUUCCAUGAUAUAGUCAAUUAGUCGGGAGAGAUUGAUCCUGAAGUGCCUAAAGCGAGGUUGCAAUGCUACAGUUUGAUAUUUUGAGUGUCUUGAAAUGGAGUUUUGAGUUAUCCUGGCUGGACUUUUUUGCGGUGAUUUAAUAGUUUCGAAACAUACCUAGAGAGAUAAUGUUGCUGAAAGCCUUAUUGUUCUGCUAUGUGUGGUUUUCAAUUCUUAAAUGACAACUAAUUUCACAAGCUCUUCGGUCAAGACGGGGCUAUGAUUUAUUUCCUUAAAACUUGGAUUGCUGGAGCUACUUGUUUGUAUUGAGUAGAGUUACGCAGUUUUACUACACUUGAUUGACAUUCAAUGUGUUCUUUCAACCGUGUGUAGAAAAAGUUAUGCUAUGAUAACUGCUAUCCAAGCCAGAGCAUAACUUGUGUUUAAAUGACAACAAUUUUACAAGCUCAAGGUAGGGCUUUGAUCCAUUUCCACAAAGUUGGGCCUGGAGCUACUUGUUUCUAAUGAUCUAGAGUUGCACACUUUUACUACAUUUGAUUGACAUUCUAUGUGUUCUUUCAGCCUUGCGUAGAAAAGUUAUUCUUUGGUAACUGCUAUCCAAGCCAGACGACCUUCAAUCUAAUCUUAGUGAAAUCCACGCUAUUUGCCGCUAACAUGAAGAAAAGCUAGUAAUAGGGUUCCUCAGAGUUAAAUCCAGAUUUUUACCUGUCCACCAAAAUAUUUUGACCACUGCACUAUUCUAAUGAAAUACAGAAGCUAGAACUUCAAAAUAACGUCCAAUUCCAAAGCCGCUGGAGUUUCUUCUGAAUUACAGACCCUAAGUCAGACAUGCUUCUUUGUUUUCCACAAACAACAUAACUAAAGAAACGCUUAGCUUCCUGUCAAAGUUAGGAAAUGAUUUUUUUCUCCAUUCAAGGAGGGCGUUAUAUUAUGUAUUCUUCGUUCCUUGUUAUUGAUUUUUUUGUGGGUCCCUUUCCCUAUAAUAGCAGUGUAUGUUUUUAUGAAACAUGCCAUACGUACAGCCACGAGCAGAUAGAUCACACUUUGAUUUGUUGCAAGCUCAGUGUUCUAAAUUCUAAUCAAUUGUUGGAUUCCCACGUGCUGUACGCCUCUUCCUGAACAAUGAAGAAAAAAGAAAAGAAUUGCACAAUAAGAAGAUGGUAGUCUUCUCUUGGAAUAUGUGUCUACCUAUAUUCAGUGCUUUUGCAAAUUUGAGGAGAGGACUCACUCUUCUUCGCUCCUCUGCAUGUGCGAAGAUCUUGUGUGCUUUGCUAUGGCAAAUUCCAAGGGGCCAUCUAGCAUGAGGCAUAUGGUGUACAAUGGAAAGAGCUCUUUGCUGCCUCCUAAAAGCCCGUUUCCUUGCACAUCUUCCUCGUAUGUUGAUUAUCUACCUAGUUCUGCUGUCACCCAAAAGGGCAUUUCGAAACCCAGAGAUGGUUCACACCAUCAGCGUACUUCUUCUGAAAGCUGUAUUAUAGAGGAACAACCAUCUUGGUUAGAUGAUCUUCUUAACGAGCCGGAAACUCCUGUACGCAGAGGUGGCCACCGACGUUCAUCUAGUGACUCCUUUACGUAUUUUGAUGCUGCUAAUAUUACAAACUUAGAUUACAUAGCUCAAGAUGAUAAUAAAUUCAGAAACAUAACUCCUGUCGCUUCCUGGGGAUCCCAAGACUUUGAUUAUUACAAAGAUGCUCGGCAUGCCACACUUCAUGUUGAUCAGAAUUCCUCAAACCGACAAAAGAGUAGGGCAAGGGAUGCAUCUCCAAAUGCAAUACCACAUCGCCGUGGUCUCCCCCCUUCUAGGGAAAAUGUCAAGACUCACAGCUUGGGAUCAUCAUGUCCUCCACAAGAACGAGAGAGGCCCAAAUCUGCAGGAAGCGACAAGCAGGAUUUUGCUGAAUCUGUCACUCCUGAUCCAAAGGGAUCUGGUGAAACACAGGAUUCUUCUCACAGCAAGAGUUCUGCAUCAGAAAAUGACACGAAACGUGCAAAGCAACAAUUUGCUCAACGUUCACGAGUUAGGAAGCUUCAAUAUAUAUCUGAACUGGAAAGAAAUGUUCAAGCUCUGCAGGCUGAAGGUUCUGAGGUGUCCGCUGAGCUUGAAUUCCUUAACCAGAAGACUCUUAUUCUCAGCAUGGAGAAUAAAGCCCUAAAGCAGCGCUUAGAAAAUUUAUCUCAAGAGCAGCUGAUAAAGCAUUUGGAGCAUGAAGUACUGGAAAGAGAAAGAGGAAGACUACGAGCAUUGUAUCAGCAACAGCAACUGCCACAGUCACAGCAGCAACAGCAAUCGUCAUCCAGCCAUCGGCGUACCACUAGUAGGGAUCUUGAUCAACAAUUUGCAGACCUCUGUUUGAAACACAAAGGCCAACUUCACAUGUGACUGUCGCUUGGAUUUUAAUCACAUCUUAGUCCCGACUCUCCCUCAGCUGAUUUUGCCUGGCAAGUGACAAAAAUUGCACGAUUUUAAUUGUGCAUGGCGUGGUAAAAAAGAGCUCGUGUCGUCCUUGUGCUCUCUCUCAACAGCUUUGCCGCCUCCACCUUCCGCCAGUGAUUCUAAUUUCUUACAUAGUAUGUAUCCCCUCAACUUUAUUUGUUAAGCAUAGUGGUCUUUUUAUGUGCACCUGGUGGUCGGUGCUAGGGAAUAGCAUUUGUGGCAGUUGACUCGCCUGAGGUGGCUAAUUCCGGCAUGAUUUCUCCUUUGUAUGUUAAACUCAUCAGUUUUGCAUCAGCUUUCGUUGUUGUAAAAUUUCCUAGCUAUUGGUUCCACCAUUUUUACCUUCUCAGGUAAUUCAUGAACAUUGACUUGUAAGCAUUAACAGUGGAGCUCCAUCAACUCAUUAUGUCCUUUCUUCUUUAGGCUAUGAAACCAUUUUGUUUCUGCAA